CCCAUCGGAAACUCUACAGAGAGACCAGCCACCCAAGCUGACACCUCGACACCCACACAGCAGGGCACGUGCGAGUUAGGUGCUUCUAGCUUUCUGAUGCGACUUACAUUAGCCAGACGAGCAAAGUCGUAUUCUAGGCGUUUAGAUCUACAUUAGUAAUUUCGACAUGGAUCGCGAAUUGGCGACGAGCGGCUCGCGAACUGUGUCGACAUCUGGGAAUGCGAAGAGAACUGUCAAUGCCUGUCUCCGAUGCCAGAGGCGAAGAAUUCGGUGCGAUGGGGAAGUGCCAAGUUGUGCGUCCUGCCUGAAACAGGAGACGCCCUGUCACUACACACAACGAAAAAGACGAGGACCAGGGAAGAGCAAACAAUAUGUCCGGAUGCUAGAGGAACGGUUAAACAAACUGGCAUCAUCAUUGCAACGAUCGCCUCUCCCGCAGUCUCACAAUGAAGCUAGAGAUAAGGAAUCCUUCGCAAAUUCUUCAGACCGGGCCAUGGCGAUCGGAGAACAUCAGAAUACCCCACGAGGCAACAUAGAGGGCGUAGGGACGCCACCCGUCACUGUGGAAGUAAACUUCCAUAGAGAGCGCUCGGAAAGCUCCGAGGGAAGCCUGACAUCUAGGCUACCCCCUGCUUUAUUCUCCAGGUUACCGGGCCAAACCACGGUAAAAAACAUUGGAGCCCAACAGGACCGGGGCUGCCUGGCAAGAUCGAUAUUCGCUCCGCUUCCUCCCGAGACGUACUUGAUACCGUUUAUGACCGUUGCUAUGGAGGAAAUUAACAAGCUCUAUCCGCUUUUUACCACUGAGUCCUGCUUGACACUGCUCCGUCAGCAGCACAUCGCUGGACCGGACGACUGUCACGAUAGCCCAUCACGUUGGGCUACCAUAAAUGCUCUUCUUGCCAUGGCCAUCCAAUGGAAGGCCGCUAAUAAUGCCUUCGAGGAACUGUCGCCAAUGUCUUGGACCCAUUUCAAGAACGCAUUUUCAGUCUUCCCAGAGCUCAUUACCCGAGGGACCAAUGUCGAGACAUGCCAAGCACUGCUUGCCAUGGCUAUGUUCAUGCACGGAACCGCGGAUGCCCGGACCACCUCGCACCUAAUCGCCGCCGCUGCUCAGUCAUUACAGAUCAUUGGCUUAAGUCGGAGAGAACCGUAUCUCACCAUGAAUCCUGUCGUUGUGGAGCAGCACAAACGAGUGUUCUGGAUAACCCACAUUCUCAGCAGCGAUGCAAUGAUGAAGUACGGAUUACCGUCGGUGUUCGGCGACCAUGAUGUCGACGUAGAACUCCCUGGCGAAGAUCCGCCGGAUAGUCUAGGCAGCUUCACCCUGCCCGGAGAGCAGAGACCUGUUAACCUUUUCAGGUGCAUGGCGGAGCUCUCUGUUAUCCAAUUGAGGAUUUAUGGACGAUUAUACUCGAAUAUGGCAUUGCGCCAAAAUCCUACAGAGCUCUUGAUCGCUGUUGCAGAGCUAGACCGCAAACUCGAAACCUGGAAGAGCAGCCUUCCCGAACUGAUCCAACCAAGUUAUAACGGCAUGCCAUUCAGCACAACGCUGGACGUACCGGUCGUUCAACUACAUUUUUCCUAUUACCACGCCGUAGGGAAGAUACACAUGGCCUUACUCGGUCUUGGAGACCAUGGCGAGUCCGAUUCUAUCCAAUCCAAGGACGUCCAUAUCGGUCGAGACCGCCCAGACAUGCUACAGUCUUCGCUAACUCGCGCGGCUGCCGCCCGUGCCACAUUGGUACUACUGCGAAACAUGCUGCCACAGCCAUUUGCUUAUAUAUGGCGAAUACUUUGCUACCCCGUUUGCGCAACCCUAACACUCAUUGCAGCCGUGCUCGAAAACUCGUCCGACGAACUUCAAGCGCAGUUAGACGUCAGUUUAAUCGGCGAGUUCAUCGGUUUUCUGGAAAGACUCAAGUUGCAAGAAGGAUGUGAUGUGCAGAGAAUUCUGGACGGAUGCUCCAAGCUCCACAAGAUCGCAUCAAAUGCCGUUGGCGCUCAACGAGAUAUAUUGCAGUCACAAGAUGCAGGAAGCCACGAAAGCAGUAUUUGUGACAUGUGGGACCAGCGUGAACGUGUCCGCCUGGAGCUGUCUCGCUUCGUUGAUCAUAUGCAACUCGCUCAGGGUCUGAUGAGCAAUAUGCCCACUCUGUGUGCCAAGUCGGCGAACGUAUUCGAAAUUCUUCAGAUGGAGUCGAUCUCAAAGGACGACUAUGGCCCAUUUGUUUCAGAGGCCCUAAAGCCCCAGACGUAUAAUUUUGUAUUCGGGCCUAGGCAUUGACUGAGAUAGAGGAUUGACCUUGGCCCUCUGGUACCAUGGUCACAUAUCUCGACGGUAUGAUCGUGUUGGCGUGAGCGAUGAGUUGAUCCCCGUGCCUAUCACGCAAGUCGCUCUCCGAUUCAUCCAAAUAAAAGGUGCCACCUCGGGCACACCGGACGAAAUGGCACCUUGUAUCGAAUUCUCACACAAGCACGGUGUCAAGCCCGAUAUCAAG